AUGAAUCUUGUCAUUCCCAACAUCAACGGCCCAAAUUCCUGUCCCGCGUGUCAUUGUGCUCUCAAAGUCAAGCUUGCGGCAGGUGGUAAUUUCCCUGGCCAGUAUUACAUACGGUGCCAUACCCACCACUACCACUACACCUUUAUGCCAGGCGUUGCGCCCAAUGCCGUUUCAGCACCCACCUCUCAUUCCUCUACAACCACCUCGUCAGUCAAGGCCUCGUCCAAGUGCAGUGAAAGCAAAUGCCACAGGGUUGCAAACUCGGUCUGCAUCCAGCUCAUGUGCAAGAAAUGCUGCGUCGCGUGCACAGGUUGCGGUAUCCACACGGUCGCUACGGUGGUUGCCAAUAAGCGGAAAGGGAAACAACCACAGGUGUCCGCAGCCACGUCUUCCUCCUCAGUUCACCAUCCCCCUCCCACAUGA